AUGUCACUCAAAUUUUCUAUUUACACUUGUCCCCCAAUUCCAACCAAGGCCCCCUCUCCAGACGCCUCAUCCAAGGACUCGGGCCUUUGGCAACCUCAGUCAGUCACUCUGCUCUACACUCCUACGACUGCGCUCGUAGUGGAUUGCCCCGCCACCGUUAAUCCUACACGUGAACUGGCAGAAUGGAUCAAAUCUCAGCUGCCACUGGGCAGCACUCUCAAGUACUUUGUCUGUACUCAUGCUCAUGGUGAUCAUUUCUUCGGCCUCCCGGUGUUGGAAGAGCAUUUUCCUGGAUUACAAGCUUAUGCUACCAAGGCCGUCGCUGAAGGAAUUGAUCUACAGCAAUCACCGGAAAUUAUGGAUUCGUUCUGGAACAACAUCUUUCUUUCCUCUAAAGAUGGUUCUGGUUUGCUGGAUGCAAAGUCCGUUUUCCAGGCUCUUCCGACAUCUAAUGAAUUCAAUCUCGAUGGUCACCUGCUCAAGCUAUACGAUGUCCCUCAUGGCGACACACACGCUAAUUCGUUCAUCCACGUCCCUGAGCUGGAUCAUGUUGUGGCAGGCGAUAUUGUCUACAACGGCGACUGUCACCAGUGGUUAGGCGAGGCGUCCAGUGCCGAGAAACGAACCCAAUGGCUUGCAGCUCUUGAGGAGAUACGAGCCUUGAGACCUAAGAUUGUCGUGCCUGGACACACGUUCACUCCGACGUCGACACCAGAUGAGGACUUGGCGACAGCGAUGCUCACAGGCACGGCAGACUACAUCAAAGGAUUCGCCGAGGAGCUUGCAGCUGCCACAAGUGAGCAAGGUCUAUUUGAAAGAAUGCGGUCCCGAUAUGACCGGUGGAACCUGUACCUGCUCACUGGCAGUUCCAAAGCCGGAUGGGACAAUAGGACUCUCUGA